AUGUAUUCAUUCCAUCUAUGUAGUAUGUUUUCGUUUGUUUUUUUUUCUUUUGUGAACGUUCAAAUUUUAGGCUUUACGUACAAUGUCGUAUUAUUUUAUGCCUCCUUGUAUAAUCUAUGCUACCAAUUUUUGACUCUCCUGAUUUCUUGUUCUGUCUCUCUCUCUCUCUCUCUCUCUCUCUCUCUCUCUCUCUCUCUCUUUCUGAUUUUCUUUAUUGUGUGUUAUCUCAUCGCAUCGAUAUGCAUCUAUCAUAGUUAUAAUAAAUGUGCUGUGGUUGAUCUGGCCAAGAAAAGUGUAUCUAUCUAUCUAUCUAUCUAUCUAACUAUCUAUCUAUCUAUCUAUCUAUCUAUCUAUCUAUCUAUGUGUUCUAUCCUGUUCAUUAUCUAUCUAUCUAUCUAUGUUUUCUAUCCUGUUCAUUAUCUAUCUAUCUAUCUAUCUAUCUAUCUAUCUAUCUAUCUAUCUAUCUAUCUAUCUUGUUCAUUAUCUAUCUAUCUAUCUAUCUAUCUAUCUAUCUAUCUUGUUCAUUAUCUAUCAUUCAUUCAUCUAUCUAUCUAUCUAUCUAUCUAUCUAUUCAUCUAUCUAUGUGUUCUAUCCUGUUCAUUAUCUCUCUACCUAUCUAUCUAUCUAUCUAUCUAUCUAUCUAUCUAUCUAUUAUCCUGUAUAUUCCAAAAUCUCACCUGUCGGACCAACGGCCCGGCGGCGAAAUCACAAACGGGUCCGAAGAAAACAUCGAUACGAGAUUGCAUUAUAAACUGCCAUAAUCCUGUCCUUCUUCACACUCUUGCUUUUUUUUUUUCUGGUGCCUCUCUUUCGUUCAUUUUCGCCUUCUUUUUAUCUUCAUUUUUUUUCUUCUUCACUUUCUCGAUCGUUCCUUAA